AAUGACAGGCAAAAGUAAUGACGAUGCAUCAUAACAAGAUACAUUAGUUUUGCCUGUCAUCGAAGCGAUAUCCAAAUGCCCAGGGAACUGAAAGAAGCGAAUCGCCGAAUGAGGUCGGUAGCAACAAAUGUUAUACAGACGUAUUGUUGAUAUGGAUCACGCGAUGAACCUUUAUUAUUUUCAAAUACACACAUUAACACAGUAAAUCAAGUGUCAAGCCACAUCAACGGUUGUGAAAAUCUGGGAGUUUAUAUAAAAACGCUGUAAACAUGAACAUGUUAGAAAACUUACUUUUUGUCUUUAACAAACUGAUGCCAGCAUGAAUAUACUUCAGAGGAAAGUUUAUGGACAUCAAGUUAAUGAAUGAAUAAUUGUGAUUUAUUUAUUUGUUUAUUUAUUUCCUAAACAUUACGGUUUCCAUUGAACACCCAUUGUUAACGAUGAAUUUCAAGUGACCGUUUUUUUGUUUUGUUUUCUUUCAUUUAAAGUUAUAUGUUUAAAGGGACUUUGAACUUAUCUAUAGUCGCUUACACACAACUUUAUAUAAAUGAUAUUCGGAGAUUUAUCUUCGCUGGAAAAAGUUUUCUUUUCUCAGCAGCCUGGGAGCUCGGACAUGUCGAAGAUGCAAAAUCUAACACCUUGUAAAUCUUCAUUGAUGACAAACACCUCUGCUUCUUCUGGAGCGUCUUCUCCACGUCAUUCCCUAAAUCUCAAUAGUGGACAGUCAGUUCUUGAAGAUAGUUUUUACAGCGACCCUUCGGCCACAAAUUGUGGUCAUAUGUCCAUCGUUUCAUUGACAGUUAUUUCAAUAAUCUGUUUGCUGCUGAUAUUUUUCAAGAGUUAUGUUAAAGACAUGUUGUUAUGGCUAGAACAUACAGAUGCAAUUGUCAGUUACUUAGCCUUUCUAUGUAUGUACACACUUGUUAGCUUCCCCAUUGCCUGGGGAUACUUUCUACUGUUGUUAACCACAGGUUACGUAUACGGUUUCCUUCGUGGCAUCUUUGUUGUACUUACAUGUGGGGCUGUCGGUGUAUCAACUGCUUAUUUAGUUUUGAGGACCUGCUGUCGAUGUAUAACCGUGAGAUUUUACAGUAAAAAACUAGAGGCUGUCAUUAAAGUUGUGGAAGGCCCCCAGGGAUACAAAGUCAUCGCUUUGGCUAGGCUCACACCAAUUCCAUUUGGUUUGCAAAAUGGUCUGUUUGGGCUUACACAUGUUUCAAUGCCAGUCUACUCUAUCGCUUCUGUAAUAGGAAUGAUGCCUUUAGCACUUGUGAACUGCUAUGUUGGGUCAACAUUCCGAUCUAUGGAGGAAGUUUGGAAUAACAGUUCUUCACAUGUAACAGGGUAUUUAGUUUUUAUUGGACAGGUAAGUGUCUUUUCAGUCACUUUAAAAAGUCAGUUGUAUAUUACAUUCAUUCUAUUAUAAUUCUUUCCACUUAGC